UGCUCGUGCCAGGUCAACAUACACGAUGGAACAGAUCUGCCACCAUUUCUGUCUCGGAUUCGCUUCAGCACGCUCCAGCGGAAUUGAUCAACUGGGAUGAGAACUCGUGAUUGCUCUAGUCUGAUGCUACCUUCUAGAUUAAGCAUCAUUCCGAUAUUGGCUGCCCAACUCGCGCGCGCUCUGUGCCCCACAAACACACACGUCGUUGAUUACACUUCGGUGCUACUGCACAUCCGGACAGCUACACCGGCGAGAACUCUUGAAUACGAACAUGUUCCUGCAUGCCGACUUCACGAGCGCGCACGCUGCGAUAGCACUCAUCAAAGGAAUGUGCAAGGAUUAUAUCCUUCGCAUCAUCGCAUGAUAAAUCGCGCGCUCAAAUCGUCAGCGGGCAGUGGUCCGAAAUGGCAAUGCCCUCCAUGCGACCGCUCUCGUAGCUAUCUUGACAGGCCAGAGAAUCUAUCCGAAAGCGAGUCAAUCGCGAUAAGGGCCUCAGAACGAUGGAACACCAAGCAUGAUCACUCUGCUCGAUUUAUGUGUGCACCUUUCAUCACGGGCAAAAGGCUCAAAGAGGCAUACAUGUCUGCAUUUCGCCAACAUGAGGGUUCUCUCGUUUCGCUUUCCGAAGGCGUCAGCCCUGCAGCGGGCGUGCAGGUGGUCUACAACGGGAACAAGGCCCUGAGUACAGCAUAUACCGGGUCAAUUGAUCAUCGGGGAUCAUCACAUAUUGGUACAUGCGACUCGUGGGCAAGGAGACAAAGCCAUGCCCUGGAACGUGAUUUCAAGCACGUGCUUGUGUCUUGGGUAAGUAUCCUCACGUCACUGUCACCACCACAGGUGCACGAACAUCGGACAUAUUGGAAGGUGAGUCACGUGCUUCUUCUCAAGAAGUGACCAAAUAGACAUUACCGGCCUUACAUCUCACGGUGUUGCAUACCACUACAUGACAUAUUGAAAGAUGGGUCA